AUAAUUUUCAUGUUUCAUAUCUAUUUGUUUGCGACAGCUGGGAGACAACAACUCCAUUACCAUAUUUCAAACAUUAACAUGCGCCCAAAGUUACCUUUUAUUGUGACAUUUGUUCAAUUGAUAGGGUAUUCGUAUGGCCAUUUCUGGAAAGAUUACUUUGGUAACAUACCACAAGACGCAUUUCAAGCAGGCGUAGAUGCUAAUAAUGAAGCAGUUUAUGUUGGUCAAGCGCUUUACAAAUCCGGAGUUUAUCCUGUCAAUAUACAAAGUGGAAAAGAAGUGGUAAUUCCUUAUUUUGGAUCAAAAAGUGCAGAUAAUUUUGUUCAUAUAUUAUGUGCCAACGAUCCAGAAAACUUCCAGUGGAUUCCCACAAAUAAAUCACAUCUCCACCUAUUACACACUGAUAAUAAAAUAGUCAGGGGAGGAAUUGAAGGCGGUAAUUGGGUAUAUGUAGGCCGCGUCAAAUACCAAAGUGGUACUUCAAUAGGAAAAGUGCUAGCUGGCCAAAUUGGAGACGCGGUAAUGUAUUUCGUUCACAAUGGAAAAGAAAUUGUAACUGCCUCUUACGAAGUUCUAACUUAUAAUGAUAUUUUUUCAAAAAUUGAUUUAAGAUUCUCUGCAUAAUAUUGAUUUUUGACCACAAGAAGUCCCAAUAAAUUAAAUUAUAAUACUAAACCAUAUUUAAGUAAAUGAUUCCUCCCCUGUUCCACCUCCAGCAUGGAGCGCUUGGAAUGCUGGACCUGGAAUAGGGGAAAUCGUUUUCAUUCUCUAUUUAACCUUAGACUUUUUCUAUACAUUUCAUUCUAAUAGCCUGUAAGAUGUUCACUUGCCAGACCGGUAGAUAUACAUUUGCUACUUGGUUACGUUGUGAUGCACAAAGCCAGAAUACCCUCAAGGUCGUCUUCGAAUGCCUAAAGAUUAAUGGAUAUAACUUCAAAUUUUUUUUUUGUCCCUACAUUUGAGUAUUGUAUUAAGGCUUAGCAAAUUUUGUGUGGUCUUAAGCUUUUGUUUGUCUACCUAAUAUUAAACCUUAUAUUUGUGUGAUAUUUCUGUGUUUAACUUAUGAUUUUAUGCAUCCGUUAUUAUCAAGAUUUAUUUAGCGAAGCAAAAGUGAAAAUGUUUACGUGAAAGCGUAAAUCACGAGAAAGGUGCUGGAGCGAGUUUCUUGCCAAACUUAAAAAGAACAGAGAGAAAUAAGAAACUCUGGGAGACGCUUUCUUAAUUAAAAUUGGGGCUGGCAUUUGAAGUAUUUAGGAAUAUACUGCAUGACGACGAAUAAAAGCUUUCAAAGAUGGCUGAAACUUUUUAUCUUUUUCAGCCUUAUCUACAGAUUAAAUCUAUUUUGAAAAGCAUUUGGAGCUCGCGAAGCUUUUAAAAGAAACUGCUUUAGCAGUUAUAUAGAGCAAGUUUAUCUCUAGCAAUUCAUGAUUCUCAGGGGCAGUAGGAUUCGACAAGCAAUUUAGGCAUUCUUGUAUCCAUUAUGCUCUCCGCCAAAAAAAGGUUAAUUUCUCGAGGGAUUCAUCGUACCUACCUACAUAUCCUUCGGCAUAAAGCAGUUGGAGAUUUCAAUUUUUAAGUUGGACAGAUGGUACAAUAUAGCAAAUAUCUGUUGCCGACACGUCGUCCGUUGCGGCGGCACAUCUUCGGAAACAAAGAGGGGCCAGUUGAUGAAGUCAUUAUGGGCCGACACGGGCUGAGGCUGUCCUAGGGCGACAGGUGCACUUGCUGGAAAGAUGAGGGCAAGGGAAUGGUAUCGGUAAUUUCGGUUUGUUUUGUGUUACCUUAACCUAGCAAAGUUCAAAUAAACUCCAAAUUACCUCGAAGUGAUCGAACUGAACAAAGAAUUUUUCCGAUGACUUGUAUCAAUGACGCUCAGAACGAUAAGUUGGCAACAUAGGUUAUGAAAGAUCGCUAUCCCUUUCGCUUAUAUCACUUUGAUCACUGAUAAUUGACUAGAAUGAAUAGGCUUCCAGAGGAUGAAAAUAAAAAACAUCAGGGGACAAUUUUUCUACUCUGUGUGUGUUUUAUAUCGUCGUACGACUGUUUCUUUAUUCUUCACUUGCUCCUUCUCUCAACUUUAUGACCCCAUUGUUCGCCUUGUCUGGGUACAUGACCGAUGACCGCUCAAUGCCCAUUUCAUGGAGUAUUUCCUUUGGAGCAGAGAAUACAAGUAAAUUCAGCAUGCAUCGUAUGAUGAAAAGAUCAAUGCUGAGAAUCAAUAUUCAUAGCCGUAAAAUACGGAAGUACAAGAUGCUGUGGAAGUUAUUCUUUGCCUAAGGUUAGACUGGACCCAAAAUGUUCAUGCAGGACUUCUGCAUCAGCCUGUUUCUUGAGAAGAAAAUAUAUGGGCUCGUUCACUAAUUUUUGGAAUUGGGCAUUAUUGGAUGAAGCAACUAAAAAUAGAACUUUCUGCAGCCUUACUUUUGAAAAAUUCUGAAUCCUUCUAAAGAAAAUAAAUGAGAAAGAAAACUUUUUUGUUUUUUUUGCCUGUAGAAAACUUAUUUGACAUCUUAUAUUUUUUUUGGAAAAUAUACCUAAAAUAGUUCUUCGUUUAAGAUUUUAUGCUCAAAUUAUAUAUUUAAAUAUUAG